AUGGUUAUAAGAUAUAUAAUUGCGAUCCGUUUGGAAAAUGCUACUCAAAAUGUAAGCUUGGCUGAUGGUGGUAUUGGUAUUGUGGAAAUGCUUUUUUGUACAUCGCUGGUUGCUUUGGUAGGAGCAGGCGAACAUCCUUCAUUUUCACCACGACGGUUACAAAUUACAAAUACAAAGCGUCAAUCUACAAUAUGUGAGCUUACCUUUCAAACCUCGAUCCUUGCGGUAAAAUUAAACCGUCGAAGGUUGAUAGUCGUUUUGGAACAAACAAUUUUUGUUUAUGAUAUUAGCAAUAUGAAAUUAUUGCAUACCAUUGAUACUAGCCCCAAUCCAUCUGUCGUAAACAUCGUUCAGGCUCAUAAAAGUCCAGUUGCUUAUGUAUCCAUCAAUUCCGAAGGAACUUUAUUGGCAACAGCUAGUGAUAAGGGUACAGUUAUUCGCGUAUUCACUAUCCCAAAUGCGAUAAAGGUGCAUCAAUUUCGAAGGGGGUCUUAUCCUGCGCGCAUCCAUUCGAUCUCCUUUAACCUUGUCAGCACAUUAUUGUGUGUUUCAAGUGAUACGGAAACAGUGCAUGUUUUCAAAUUAGGAGGAAAUGCAGUUGGUCAAGGAGGAAAUUCUAGUUCAAACAACGGUACUGCUAAUAGUACGGGAGUUGCAAACCCGUCGCGACAAUCUACUGGCCCAACAACAAUAGGUGGAUUUGAGGCCUUCAUUGAUGGAAAGAAAAAAACUGGAACAGGCGUUAUACGCCGCCAAUCUCUUCACCUUGGUCGUACUGUUGCUGGGAGCGUGGGUAAUUAUCUUCCGGAUGCUCUAACCGAAAUGUGGGAACCAACACGUGAUUUUGCAUAUCUUAAAUUACCUAGUUCGGGUGUCCAAAGUGUCGUGGCAUUAAGCAAUACCACUCCUCAAGUAAUGGUAGUCACUUCUGAAGGUUAUUUCUAUCAAUAUAAUAUUGAUUUGGAGAAUGGAGGUGAAUGUGUGUUGCUUAAACAAUACAGGAUGAGCUUGCUUUCACUUUCAAGAGUUUUCUCUCUAACUAAAACACGUUCGGUUAGGAUUAAUGCUGCUUCCUUGUGCGUUGCCCGUUCGCUUAAAACUUCCUCCUUUCACCAAGCUGAGUUACAGAAUGCACCUUCGUUAACCGAGGAACCAAUCCAGAAAAAAGAACCCAAAUAUAAACCUUUCUCGAUUUAUCGUUGGAAUCCAGAUAAACCCGCCGAGAAACCUAAAUUGCAACAAUAUAAAGUUGAUCUUAAUGCAUGUGGACCUAUGAUUCUUGAUGUUUUAAUAAAAAUCAAAAAUGAACAAGAUGCCACUUUGACUUUCCGUCGUUCUUGUCGUGAAGGUAUUUGCGGAUCUUGCGCUAUGAAUAUUAAUGGUGUUAAUACUUUGGCAUGUCUUUGCAAAAUAGACGUUAGCGGUUCAGACACUAAAAUUUAUCCAUUGCCUCAUAUGUAUGUCGUCAAGGAUCUUGUACCGGAUCUCACACAUUUUUAUAAACAAUACAAAUCCAUUGAACCAUAUCUUAAGAAAAAAAACCCUCCAAAAGAAGGAGAUCGCGAAAAUCUUCAAUCCAUUGCUGAUCGUAAAAAAUUAGAUGGUCUUUAUGAAUGUAUUCUCUGUGCUUGUUGUUCUACAGCAUGUCCAAGUUAUUGGUGGAAUUCAGAUGAAUAUCUUGGACCGGCUGUAUUAUUGCAAGCUUAUAGAUGGAUGGCGGAUUCUCGAGAUGAUUAUGGUUAUGAACGUAGAGAAGCUUUACAAAAUCCUUUUUCGGUUUAUCGCUGUCAUACUAUUAUGAAUUGUACGAGAACUUGUCCAAAAGGGUUAAAUCCAGGUCGCGCUAUUGCUAUGAUUAAGAGAGAUAUGGCCUUAGAAUAA